AUGCGAUGGAAUGCCGUGUUGCAAUCUACAGCUGUAGGUGAAAUUGAAGUCGGCAAGACUUAUUGUUGCUACAAGUUUUUGAGUCAGGGUGGUAAGCAUAUUUCCGACAACGACUCGCUAGCCGCUCGCUUAUCGGCUGAGAUAGAGGCAGAAUUAAUGAUUAUCCUCUCUAAUGUGAAUGGCGUCUACACAGGUCCCCCGGACAUGGAAGGGUCUCGUCUGCUUCACACUUUCGUUCCAACAGAGGAUGCAGCCGUUGUAUUCGGAGCCAACAGCAAAUUUGGUACCGGAGGAAUGGAGAGCAAGGUGAACGCCUGCGUAACUGCUCUUGAAAAUGGUGUCACCACCAUAAUCACCAAUGGUCUGGCGCAAAAUGCUAUCACUGACGCGUUUUCUGGAAAGAAAAUUGGAACUAUGUUCUGCAGAACACAUCUCCACGAAGGUCCACCUAUCGAAGAAGUGGCUAGUAAAUGUCGCGACUCCGGCAGGCAACUUGCCUCUCUCAGCAAUGCGGAAAGAGCGGCCAUGGUACGUCAUCUUGCCGGACUGCUCGUGGCUCGCGAAAAAGACAUCAUGGAUGCGAAUCGUCUGGAUAUGAAUAAUGCCAAGAACAGUGGUGAGUUAGAUGUUGGUUUUGUCCUUCAAGAGCUUGUGCUGAGUUAUAUCAAAGCAAUGUCAUCUAGGACUUGAA